AUUCGCGUUCCCGACCUGAUCCGGAGACCCUCUCCAACCUCUCGGCCUCAUAUCGACGCUCUUGGAGCGUGAGUUUUUAUGCCACUGGCGCUCCUCCGUCUUCUCUAGGCCACUCGGCCACAGAAGACCCAGCAGCCCAGGAGCCCAUGUCGCCCUCCCCCGGAGACGAGCAGCCACCGCAGGAGACGAGGAGCAGCGGCGGCCUUGCCGGCAUGUUCAAGGGGCUCGCCGGCGGUGGAAAGUUGACCAAGUCUCCUCCGGUCAUUCAGCAACCCUUUCAGCCGAUCUCCGGGUCCCAGUCCCUCGCCCAACGUUCCGAUACCCUCCCGCCAAUAUCUGCCCUCCAUGGGCUCUCCCCCGAGCAGACCGAGCUUUUCCAACAACUCAAGGAUGGCCAGUUGGGUGAUCGGGUCGCUGCUGCUAACUCGCUACGCUAUGCGAUUGCCGAUUUCCCUCUCAACCCGCAGGUACGCGAUAUCUGGCAUGCUGCAAAGGACUUGAUUCACCCGACCAAACCGCCCAGUGCUCGACAGGCCGCCUGGCAGCUCCUUGCCGAGUGUAUCAAAUGCCCCGGCUCUACUGAGCUCGAACGACACGAAUACUUCAGCACCCUGGCCGCGCUGGAUCAAUCCGAGGAUUUUCAUCUCCAGCUGGCUGCCCUCGAGGAUCUAACCAACCGGGGCCGCAAUAUAUCGGGUUUCUACUACGACAUCUUCCCACUCUUGACCAAGUGGCUGCAGGAGGCGUACAAGGCUGCCAGGACUGCUCGGCGACAGGCCUCUCGCGGGGCCGGCAGGCCCCCCAGAGGGAGUACCCCGUUGACAGGCGAAGAGAAGAACCUGGCCCGGCUGUUCGCGCUUCUCAAAGAUGUCAUCAAGUUCAAUUUCAAAUUUGCCACGGACGGCGUGGUUGGGAAUUUGAUGGCCAUAAUCCUCGAGAUAUGCAUGAACACGAGCGUGGAAGAUGACUUGAGAUCCUGCAUCAACGUGGUUGACACCGUGGUCACGUUUGGCACCAUUCCGAACGACAAGCUAAGAGAUUGCAUCCAGAUCCUCAGCUCGAUUCACUGCUUGGUUCCCAAUCUGCAAAAGGAUGCCUGGCACACCAUAUCCAUCAUCUGCAAGUCUCAUCACGGCCAGUCGACCGUUAGGAUCUUGCUCGACUUGCUCCGCACAUACUCCACGUCCCCGGACAAGGACAAGGACAAGGACUCCGUCCGAGAUGUUCGCGGUGCGCUCUCAGUCUUGAAGAAACUGCUCUCCAAGUCUGCCGAGAAAGGGUACCCGGCCGUCCCCCUGGCUCUCCUCGUCGACGGUCUGGCUACGGUUGCCAAGAGCAGUUCCACCAGGAUAGCAAACGAGGUCUUGAAGCUCAUCAAUUCAUUGUUUGAUGGUCGCGAGGGCAGCAUCAAUGCCAUCUUGGUCGAAGAGAACUGGUCACCGAUCUUCUCUGUUGCCGUGCAGUGUGCGACAAAAGCCACUCAUACGCCGCCCUCUGCGAGUUCUAGUUUGACUACCCUUCCCACAGCCGCUAAGGAUGAAAGGGAGCCUGAGGACACCGUCACUGUCCAGCUGAGGUCGCUGGUCAGCCGGAUCGAAGCCCUGGUCACCAAAAACGACCCGGACUUUUUGCAGCGGGACGAAUGCAUGGUGUUUCUGUCUGAAGUUCAGCAUGCGCUUCCAGACUCGGCGGCGGCCCUCGUGACUGCGUACCUCAAAGAAACCCGAGCUUGUUUCCCGUCAGAAGUCGGCUGGAAGGACAGCCUCAAGCUAGUCUUGGACUGCUUCUUUCUCAACCGGAGCCGCAACUCUUCUACUCGACUGGGCGCCUUGGAGGUCAUCAUCGAGGUUUACGACUUCCUCUGUCUUGCCGAGGCCCUCGUUGAAGAGGAUGCGGUUACCAAUCUCAUCCAGCGAGUGCUCGCCGGGCUACCACUCGAGACCGAUGGUGGCGUCCUCCAAGAAACGGUAGCGUUCCUGGUCAAUGUGGCGGAAACAGUACCUGACUUCCUCUUCGACGAUAUCCUGGAUGCUUUCAAGGGCGUGGUUGCCAAAGACAUGUCUAGGCCGCCUUUGUCCGUACUGCCCACGCCCGAGGCCGGCCUAGCACCCCAGCAUGGCCAGAUAUCUGGCCAAACAAGCCAGAGCGCGUCCAAUGUUGUCACCAAAGGCUAUUCUCAGAUAUUCAUCCGAACCAUGAACAACAAUGGUUCAAAGGCGGCUAAAGCGUACACGGCGCUUGUUCAUAUCGCUCGCUCAAACUCUUGUGAGCUAGACGCUCGGCUUACGGCGAUGAAGCUUCUUUUCCGCCUCCGGGCCGACUUUGAACAUCAAGUCUACCUCACAACGCUGAUAGAGAACGAGACACUGGCUGCGACCUUGUACAGGACCGAAGCGUCUCUCGCGCGCAAACUGGCAGAGGAUGCCGCACAGCCGGCAAGACUAUCAAGGCCAGAGCACACCGGAGGGCGGCCGACCCGCGGCAUAUCGUUCAGCCAAGGUCAGACAGCUGAGCGGGGCGUUCCCACUCGGUCGGCAUCUACUCCCAAGCCGACCAUCUAUCAGGGCCAGAGGCUAUGGUCAUUACCAGAUGCCGACGCGCUGCCCGAGACGCCGCCAGCGAGACCAAGUCCGCUGCUAGCCUCACACGCCUCAAAUGCGAGUGGGCCCGGCUCAUCGGAGAAGGGAGCAACAGUGUUGAAUAUGGCGCAGUGGUUGGAGGCAGUGCUCAGUCUCUUCCACCAUGGAUGCAACUGGGAAGUCUACAGCUUCGUUUUGGUUCAUCUCCCAGCCCAGCUCAGCAACCACCCGUUAUUCAGGGAUGCGAUACCCUAUAUCCAGGAGUUGCGGCGCCUCCUCUGCGAGAUGGUCAGGACGAGCAAUUUCCAGGAGCCUCCGCCCUCAUCAGGCCUUCGCCGUAGCGAUGUUGCCAACUGCUUGUUCCGCUCCCUCAUCAUGAUCGUCAGCUACCAUCACCAUUUCCAGAAGACGGACGAGGAUGAAAUGGUCAGGGCCUUUACGCAUGGCAUUUCAGACAAAACAGCAAAGACGUGCAUUCACGCUCUCUCGGUGUGCUGCCACGAGCUGCCCAUGUCGGUGAGCAAGUCACUCGUCCCCAUUCUGCAAAAGAUGUCCCAGGUCAUCACGCAGCCAUUUGUGGCGAUGCACAUUCUCGAGUUCUUAGCCUGCCUCAGCCGGCUGCGCUCGCUGUACUCCAACUUCCGCGACGACGAUUACCGUAUCGUUCUGGGAAUCUGUUUCAGGUAUCUACAAUACGUCCGUGAGAAGAAGCUCGCGAUGCGCGGCAGCAUCGUCGGCGAGCCGGCAACGCCAAACGUCGCCUCGGUGAGCCAGCCGGAUGCUCUUGGCCAACAAGCCCCCAGCGAUGAUCUGCCGCAGUAUGUAUAUGCCCUGGCAUACCACGUCAUCACGUUUUGGUUCCUCGCCCUCAAGCUUCCGGACCGGCCGAACCAUAUCGGCUGGAUCACGAAAAAUCUGUUCACGGACGUUGACGGGAGCGCGAGCACCGAGGAGCACGCCCAAAUCACCCUCGACUUUAUGCAGCGCGUGGCAUUUUCCGACGCCGGCGACUCGGCCCAGGACCCCCUCUUCAAGGAGCAGUAUUUUGGGGAGAUUCAAAAGAAGCGGUGGAUCAUCGGAAACAGCAUCCUCACGAUCCGACAGGCGACCGGGUCCAACUGGGCUGAGAUCACACGGCGCUACCCUUCCGGCACGUCCUCCUAUGCGCUCCGCGUUGAGUUCACGCCUACGCCGAAUCUGUCAGCCCCCGACGGCUCCGACGCUGCGGCGUGGGAAGGGCGGUUCCAGGACGGCCUCACCAUUUUCCCGAGCCACUUGUUGAUGCAGUUGCUGGCUCCGAUGCCGCAACUCUACGAUCCCGCCAUCCGGCCGAUCCCGCUUCCCGACGAAGAUGCCGUCGACCGGGCCAUCCGCGUCUUCGACCGUAACUCUCCAGUGGACGGCCACAAGGUGGGCGUCGUCUACAUAAAGGAGGGGCAGACCAAGGAGGCGGAGAUUCUCGCCAACACCAGCGGCAGCCCUGAUUAUCACCGAUUCCUCAAAGGGCUGGGGACGCUGACAAGGCUGAAGGGGGCCACCUUCAACACGCAGGGCCUGGACCGUGAAAACGACCUGGACGGAAAGUACACCUACUGCUUCCGAGACCGCGUCACCGAGAUCGUGUUCCACAUCACAACUCAGAUGCCAACAAACCUCGAGACAGACCCGCAGUGCGUCGCGAAGAAGCGGCACAUUGGGAACGAUUUUGUCAACAUCGUCUGGAAUGACUCGGGCCUGCCCUUCAAAUUCGACACGUUUCCGUCCCAAUUCAACUAUGUCUACAUCGUCAUUACGCCGACUCCUCACCUCCCCUUUGUCGCUUCGCGCAUGCCGCGGGAGGACGGCGCCUCGCGCUUCUGCAUGGUCCAAGUCAUGAGCCAGUCUGGUUUCCCCGAAAUCUCGCCAGCGGCCGAGCCCAAGAUGAUCAGCCUCGAGGCACUCCCCGGCUUCGUCCGGCUGCUCGCGCUCAACGCCUCGGUCUUCUCGCUCGUCUGGGCCAAUAGGGAGGAUGGCGAGCACGUGUCGUCGUGGCGCGAGCGCCUCCGCCAGAUCAAUGCACUGCGCGCCCGCUACGGCCCCAAGUCUGGGGGGCCCGGCGUCUCGCCGUCGCCUCCGUCAGGAGCCAUUGCCACGCCAUCUGCCACUUCUACUGCGCCGGCAGCCGGCGGCUUGUCCGUCGUCGGCGGUGCGAGCCACGGGGCUGCCGCCUACCAUCACCAUCACCAACCGUCCGGGCAGGGAGGGAGUGGCGCAGCAACGGGGGGAGGCAUCGGCGGCGGAGAUCUGGGUGGCGUGCCCGGUGCUGGCGGGGCCAACAGUGCUCGGACGGCAGGUAUGCGCGACAGCUUCAGCAGCCUGCGCAGGUCGUCCGUCGCGACCUUCUUCACCAACGCCACCAGCGCGACCGACCAGUCGCACCGCUCGAGCAUGCUAUCGACAGUGACGACAGAGAACACCGAGGCGCUGCAGCCGAGCACGGCUGAGGCGCUAGUGGAUUCGGUCGAUUUCUCAAAGUGGACUUGAACUAAUCCCUAUGACCUGACCUGACCUGGCCUGGGUCCUCCUACCAGGAUCAAUAGGAGAAUUGAGAGAUACAGGAGCAGGAAGAACGUUGACGAAUUCGGGUGGACGGGUGGGUGUCGAUGGAAUGGAGUUAAGUGUGGUUCCCGGUUUUUCCUGCUUGCUUAUGUCUCAACAGGCGCACAAAAUCACGGUGGAUCGGGAGAUUCUUGUAGUGCUUUAC